AUGGAUCAACGGGCCGUAUGCAACUGUAUUCCUGGUUUCAAAUUCAUUGACGAGAAUUGCCAAAGUUUGGGUUGCCAGCAGAACUCAAAGUUAGAAGCUGAUCAUGGACGUUGCAGAAAUGAAACACAAAAUAGCAAAUAUUCCAUAUUCACGUUGGAGAACACCGAAUGGGAUGAUCAUCAAUAUUCAGUUUUAUCACUACAAACUGAAAGAGAAUGCAAAGAUGCUUGCUUGGCAGAUGGUUACUGUGACGUUGCGACGUUUAAAGACCAGAAAUGCAGAAAACAGAAACUCCCGUUCAGAUACGGAAGAAGGAUACUACAAGAUACAUCCACCACCACUACCACCUUAACUUUUGUCAAAGUAUUCACUUGUAACCCCACCACGUCCAUUGCUACUCCAACUCAUCAUCGUGGUAGGAUAACAAAAGAAAACCAGGGCGGAGGAAGAAAAGGUGAAGAAAAACAAGGAAACUCGUUCAGAAAAAUUGUUGUCGUUGUUGUGCUAGUUGCCGCUGCAGGAGUGACAAUUCUUCUUUGUGUUCUCUUGUAUUGUUUGCUAAUCCGGAAGAAAAAGAAGAACCUGUCAAAGGAGAAUGGUGUGAACACAAUUAAAACUGUGGAGUCAUUGCUAUUUGAUUUCAGUACGGUCCUUGUAGCCACGGAAAACUUCGCCAACAUCAAUAAGAUUAGGGAUGGUAAACUUCCUAAUGGACAAGAAAUUGUUGUCAAGAGACUCUCAAAAAGUUCAGGGCAAGGAGCAAAAGCAUUGCAGAAUGAAGUUGUGCUAGUGACAAAGCUUCAACACCGCAAUCUGUUAGAUUGGCAGAGACGUUACAAGACCAUUGAAGGAAUUGCUCGAGGACUACUUUAUCUUCACGAAGAUUCCCGCCUUCGAAUUAUUCAUAGGGAUCUUAAAGCAAGCAAUAUCUUGUUAGAUGGGGAAAUGAAUCCCAAGAUCUCCGACUUUGGGAUGGCAAGAACUUUUGGCCUGGGCCAAACUGAAGCAAAUACAAAUAGAAUAGUUGGGACUUAG